AUGGGUGAUGCACUCUUUCACCAUCAGGAGAUUGAAAACUAUCGCUCAGCAAUGUCUAGGAUGGCAGAAGACAUAAUAACACUUAGGACACAGGUGCUGUCUUUGGAGGCAGAAAACAGUCAGCUCCGCAGUGAUCUGUCUCUGCAGCAGGACCUUGGACGAGAUCUUCUGGCCGACACUGACAUUGAUGUCAUGACCAAGGCUGAAAUUGCUGACCGAAUAGCCACUCUAAAAUUCAAGCUCGCCAGUGAGGUGAGCAAGGCCGCCACACAAAGGGACCGCAUACAACAUCUGCAGAACGAGCUCAUCCGGAAAAAUGAUAGUGAGCAGGAGCUAUUAAAGCUCUGCAGAGUCCUCCAGCAGGAGCAGAAGGAUCUGCAGCAUCACCAGAGUCACUUGGCAAAGAUGGCAACUUUAGAGGCCACAGUGAAACAGCAGGAAGAGGUCAUAGAAAAAAUGGAGAAAGCAUUAGAUGGAAAGCUCAGAGACAAGAAUAUUCAUCGUGGUGACAAAAGGCUGAUGCUAAUGGAAAGAGAUGGCCUUAAAAAGAAGGAAAUGAAAUCAGCCUCAGCAGCAGAGAAUGGCCGUCUCAGAAAAGAGCUGGAAAGGAUUCACCAGCUGCCUGCACCACUCAAAACACAGCAGUCAGACCAGGAGGAAUGGAGUUUACGACAUAAAUUGGAGAGGGCUGAAGCACGAAUCCAAACACUGGAAGCUCAGCUGGAGGAGAACGCUAAAGUAUGGGGGAGAGAGAAGCAAGAAAUGCUGACCAAACUGAGCGAGCACAGGCACGGCUUCAUCCGGACAUCCACAGCAAUCCUUCAAAAUGUUCCUUCGGUCAGUCAGGCCUCACCCUUCUCCAUAUAAUUAUGGUAUGAAGGGAUUUAAUAUUCUCAAAUACUGCAUGUUACUUCCUACAGCUCCUUAUACCAGCAAAGAGGACAGCAGAAGCAAAACCUGUAAAAAGACCUGCAAAUGAAUUGAACUGUUGAUGGGACA